AUGCAAGCCUGGAAUUUAGAACGGAUUCCGUUGCCGAAGUUUUCUACAUAUGUCAUCUAUACCACAGUAUCAUUAUUGGGAUCUGCUUUGCAUGUGUGUUACCAAGUUUCCAAGAAUGUGAAAUCUGAUGAUUUCAUAAAUUCUACCUCCCUGAAUUAUCCAUAUCAAGCAUUGAAUACCUGUCUAGAGGAUAGCUGGUGUUUUUGGAGUGUCAUAAACUUUGGAUAUUGUUUGCUAAUAUGCUCUGCCAGAGAGUUGCAGAAUUUGUUUUUCGGUCAGCUUCGUAGCGCUGAAGAUUCGCAUAUCAGGGAGAAUUUUUCUAGUUUUAUUUUUUACAAAGUGGUUUUUAUCUAUGGUAUCCUACAUGUCGAAGCACUUUAUGAACUUUUGUUAUGGGCGACAUGGUUUUCUAUUAUUGGUUUUCUGCGUCUCCUCACUGGGCUGAUCAGAGAUCGUUCUCAGUAUAUUCUACGUUGUUCAGACUCCUCUCUCACUUAUCAAGCCAGAAUAUUUCUCUUAUGUUGUUUACUAUUGCUUCUCAGUAAUUUUUUGAUGAUUAUAUCGAUCGUCGUGGGUGCCAAGCAUUCUCUCCACACAAUGUUUUUCAUGCUUGCCGAAGUAUUCCAGCUGAUGAUAGUUACAGUGCAUGUGAUCACCUGGUACGUGGUUUAUUUAUACUGUGAACUUGCUUCUCAAUGUACUGAGAGAGAUAAAGUGUAUCAUCGGUUUGUCCUUAUUUACUACACGGAAUUGGUGUACGAUUCAGUUGCCGAUUUUGGAGAUCUGUUACAUAAUAUGCACAUGCUUUUCUGGAAUAAACUGCAGAGAAAUAUGUCUAGUAUCAUUAUUGCUUUACACCUUCAGCACUUGUAUUACAAAGUGUCCAGGCGUUUCGUGCACCACAAGCGCUAUAGAACUCUAUUGAGGAUUUUGGAUUCCCGAAUUAUUUAUUUAAAUUUCAAGGAAAACUGUUCCAUUUGCUGGGAAGGAAUGAGCAAAUCUUGUCAACUUCCAUGCGGCCAUAUAUUUCAUACUGCCUGUUUGUAUUUAUGGAUUGAACAGAACGCUAACUGUCCCAUAUGCAGGAAAUCCUUUGACGAUAUAAGCGAUCCUCAGUUGGCUACAGUAGCAGCACCAACAACUAUGUCUACAACACCUCUUCCUUCUCUUUCUACUUCUGUAUCCUCUGAUACACCAGUAGCUCUAGAUGGGGAAUCCAGACUUUUCCCUUUGUCAUCAUCAACAAACCAUUCGAAUUUAGAAACAGAAGGAAAGUACAUAGAGACAAAAUUAUGCGAAACAAAUGCUUCCGUCACUAAAAGUUCUGGUUUUUCGGAACACCGAAUUAUACCGGAUUCAUUACUUUCAUCAAAUGAGUUUAUAUCAUCCAAUGAAUCAUACUUCUCAGCAUUGGUUAGUGUGGAUCGACUUUUAGAUGUACACGACCAGUUGAUUGCAGAGGACGUUGCCAAUGUUCGAACUCGUCCAAAGCAUGCAUUACCUGCCAAGUUUUUGGCUGCAUUAGAAGCAGAGUUGCUUCGUUAUUUUCACCUACCUGGUGAUUUGAAUAAUUCUCAGCUACCGUCGUCUGAUUGUAAACAAAUAGGUAAACCAUCAGUUGAGCGUAGUAGACACUUUCCUGUUAACAGUGCCCCUGGUCAGAAAUGUAACUCUUUAGUUUCUGAUCAGAGCUCAGUCAUUUCAUCGACCCAUAAUAAUUUAUUCUCUACAACAUAUUCCUCUCAAAGUUCAUCAGAUUCCUCUCAAAGUUCAUCAGAUUCCUCUCAUACUGAUGAUGAAGACAACGAAUUUCCUCCGAAACGAGCUUUACGAUUGGCUAUAAGAAGAUUGCUGGAGCGGGUCAGUCAGUCUGUUUCAAUGUCCCGGAAAGUGUGUCAGUGUCAACCAUUAAAACUUUAUUCACAUGAAUCUGUGACUUAUGACGAAAACCAUUCAAUGCAAACUGCUUCAGUCACAAACAGUUCAGUUUGUCAAAAUUCAUCUACUUCACCAACUUCCUCGUCAUACUCUUCUACCUUUCCUUCUCCAAUACGAAGUAUUAAAAGACACCAAGCAUCGAUAUCAAAGUUCAGUGAUACACUUUGCCUACAGCAUAAAUCAUCGGCUAACGGGUGUCAUUAUGAUUCAGUUUCGGACUUUGAUACUCAUUGUUCAUCAGAUGAGCAGUUAUCUGCUGAAAUUGAUUGUUGUAAACGUAAUUCUUCUACAGAAUUACGCCACUUCGACUUUUUCAGUCAACUUUGUCAUGGAAACGACCAAUUCGAGGAAUCGUUAACUCCUCAAAGGGAACACUUCAAAUGUUCAAGUAGACGUAUGUAUUUAAAGAGGCGAAGGCCAAAAUAA